AUGGAACCUCCUCGCUAUCGUGCCCGGACCCCGGAUACGCCCACAAAUGAACAGCUAGCACAGAACCUUCAGCACCUCACGCAGACUAUGCACAACAACAACAACCCUCCGCCACCGCUAGCUGGAAACCGCGAUGUGGGUCGGCAAGUUUCGAGUCACCGACCUCCCGUCUUCGCCGGGGAAGAAGACCCCAUUCUUUUAGAAGAGUGGAUCCGUGCCUUGGACAAAAUCUUCGCAGUGGUUGGAUGCCCUGAAAACCGUCAUGUGGAGCUAGCGAGGUUUUACUUCAGUCACGAGGCGGACCUAUGGUGGGUCCAUGAAGGUCCGGCAUGUCUUGAGGAACCGGGGUUUGAUUGGUCAGCGUUGAAAGAUAAGCUCUGGGAAAGGUUUUAUCCAGCUCAUGUAAGGGCGGCUAUGUAUGAGGAGUUCCUCCACUUGAAGCAAGGGACCCUGUCCGUAGUGGAGUAUCAUAAGCGCUUUCUUGAGUUAGCCCGGUUUGCGCGCGUGUUGGUUCCCACCGAGGCUGCUAAGGUGGAUAAGUUUGUAGCAGGGCUCAGCUAUGAGGCAAGGAAGGCCUUGACGGUCAGCAAACCGAUGACGUUCAAUGAGGCUUAUUUGAGUGCAGCAGAUUUGUAUAGGGUUCAGCAGUUGCAAUGA